AUGAUCCUCCCGGAUGCCGACCCGUGUCAGGAUUUCUUCAAGUUCGCCUGCGGAACGUUCAUCAAGAAUCGUCCCUUGAAGCCUGGGAUCCUCAGAACGAACAUCAUCUGGGUGCUGAAGGAGGAUAUGGAGGAAACGAUUCUUACCUUCCUAAACAACGUCCCCUGGAACGACACGGCGACCGUGGCCGACAAGCGCGUCUACAACGCCUACAAGCUGUGCAUGGAGACGGGCGAGAAUGGGAUCGCAGGCCUCCGCGACGCUGUCGACGCUAUGGGAGGACCGCCAUUUGCCGCCAAAUCGCGCCCCAGCUUGGAAAAGCUGAUCGAGCUGACCGGCGGGCUCAGCAACCCGUUCUACUACGCGUACGCGAAACCGGACAAGGAAGCGCCGGAAGAAAUGGUGUACAAGGCGGAGUGCAUCAGGAGCCAAAGCGAGGGUGAUAUUGCGAGGAGGCGCGAGCUGGUCAAGCAGAUCGCCAAGAAGCUUGCCUACGACUUUGGCGAGGCCUACUUCCCACUCGACGACGAUGACCUGGAGCGCGGCCUCGACUCCUACAAGAACUUCAUCCCGCUCUUCACCUUUUUCCGGAAUGGCUACCCGAUCUUCAAACUCAACCGGGAUCGAAUCGCCCUGAUCCCGGAGCAAUAUUUUGAGGAUCUCAAUCGCUACCUCGAAGAUCACCAGGUAGAGGCCAGGGAAGCGCUGGUCAUCCAAUGGUUCCUCGACCAACUGCCGACCCUUGGAAACGACUACGAGACCAUUCGAAAGACCUACAGCUCGCCCUACGACUACAAGCCGCUGGAUACGUACUGCUUGGAUAAGAUCUUAAAAUCGCAUCCACGCUGGAAGGACAUCAUCCUCCUCGAGCGUCACUACCGGCAGCAGGAUUUCGAGAGUGUUCAUAUCAUCCGCGAGAGCCCGUGGGCCGAUGCGGAAACCCAGAAGAAUGCUAUUGAAAAGGUCGCCAACGUCGAGGUGUUCGUCGGCCCGGACUGGACCCCCUGGUCCCGAUCGCUCGUCGACGAGUAUUACCGAGAUUUCCCCGCCACCGCCGACAGCUGGUACGCCUUCCAGCAAAAGGUCAAGCACUUCGAUGGUUUCCUGCACUACAAUCACUCCCAAGAAGAAUCUCAGGCCCGCCCGGAGGCGAUCAACGACUUCUACUCCUUGCGUUUCCAUUGGGCGCUGCUGACGCCGCCACUAUACCACGUCGACGCGGCGCUCGAGUUGCAGUACGGCGCGCUCGGGUUCAUCAUCGCCCACGAGAUCGCGCACACCAUUGAUCCAGGAUGGAUCAAUCGCGACACACAGGUGCUCGCCGGCGAUGAGGACGAGGGCCAAUUCGCCGAACAAGUCGAGUGUAUCGAUCAUCAGUACGGGAACGCCACCUUUCCCAUCGUCUCGUCGAAUCACACCUUUAGGCAACCCGGCAACCAAACACACGAAGAAACCGUGGCUGAUAAUGCAGCCGUCAGGGCGGCUUUUCGCGCCUACCGCAACGAGCGGAGGCGCCUCUACGGCCGGGUCGAGCCAAAACUUCCCGGACUCGACGCCUACACCCCGGAUCAGCUCUAUUUUGUGGCGGCGGCUAUGUUCCACUGUGGCGAGCACAGCGAUGGCGAUCUUGAGGGGUACAUGGCGGACGAGCAUCCGAUUGGCUACAUUCGUGUCAAUGAGAUGAUGAAAAACUCGAAGGACUUUUCCCGCGCCUACAAGUGUCCGCUGAACUCGCCGAUGAACCCGGAGAAGAAGUGCCGCGUGUGGCGCCACAAGAAGAUC